GGAUAUGAAAUGUCAAGAUUAUAUAGAGUGGAGCAAGACCACCCUCAUGACAGUGACUCUCGGAGAGCCAGCGGAAUAUCAAUCUUAUGACCAUGAACGACGCUCUGCUGGCUCUCCGAGGGUCACUGGCUGGUGGGGAAAUUGAAGACUGGUCACGUGGCAGAUGCUGCUUUAACUUUUGCCAUUUUAUUCAACAUUGUGACAGAAUCAGGACAACACUAUCUCAUUCAAUAUCACGACAUCACCAAAUCAACAACACCACAGUACAGUAUUACAGUAUUACAGCAAUACGAAACCAUAACAUUUCCGUUACUGCUACUAUCUCAUGCUGUCGGACACCAUUUGUUUCAUAACGCGAUACUUCUUCCCACAACGCGACUUCUACCUGUAUCCCGACCGCUAUCUACUUCAGCAUCUCCACCAUCUCCACUAUCUCUCUCUGGACUUGAGAAUUCCGCCCUCCGCUCUUUAUCAAUAUGUCAUAUCCCUGGCUAGUAACAAUACGUAGCCUCCUUCGGGACUUAAAAACCUCUCUUCAAUAUACUCGUACGAAGAUCGCAAAACCCGAUAAAUCUCAACUCGAACAGUUGAAUAUAUCAAUCCAGCAAACCUACCACAUAUCCGGCCUGGAUAAUUUCUGCGCUAUCGAAACUUUCUUGAACAGCAAAUCCCGUCAAUCGGAUAUAAAUAUCAUGGCCCUAUUAUUUCGCUCCGAGUUCUUGACGGCUGAUUUUGCUUCUCAAUAUGUAUCUUCGCUAUUACUUGCGUGGAUUGAAGAUGAUAUGGAAGAACAAAUUGUUAAUGGUAUACGGACCAAAUGGAAGCCGGUAUUAAAAUUCCCAAACGAUACAUAUACUGGUGGUAUUCGAAUAGAGAGAAUCCUAUCCCUUCGACAACAACAACCACCACCAUCGAGGGAAAACCCCAUUUAUAUUUCCUUCGUCAUUCGCAAGGAACAUCGAUCAGAUGCUGUCAUAACAUCAACAGAGCUCUACACUCUAUUCUGUACUAUGGCAAGACAGAUGGAAAAGCAGUCGUUAUCGCAUAUGGAAACUAUUGAAGUACGGAUGAUAGUAAUAUACUCCCGAUGGGUACAAAUCAUUACGGCGAAAUCGACGCGAGCGUAUAUUACAUCCAUUAUCAAUGGAUUUGAUGAUAUUGCAGGUGAAAUGCAGAUCUCUCAGACACCGUGGUUUAAUUUCUUGAGUAUUUCGGGGAGGCAUUGUGUUUUGCUCGCUGUAUUUGAGGGAAUCAGGAUACGAAGUUCUAAUGUCAAUGUUAAGGCUCAAAUUUCUCUUCUCAAGACGAAAGCUCCUCAAGAUGAUUUUACGAUUAAAGAACAAAUUUCAAUGACGAGGAAGCGUAAGAUUUCAACCACGGAAGAGUAUGGGAAUGGGAAUAAGAAGAUGAAGAAAUGAGAUGAGAUUUCUGAAAUAGUGGAUGACUUUUUAAGUGAUUAUCAAUCUAGUACAGCUAGUAUAUUGCAAGACUAUAUACAUGUCAUCAGUAUCAACGCCCUAAUUCCGAUAUAUGUUGUGGCCAUGCUCUUUUAAACAAAGGCUAAACGGAACAGCAGCCUCCACGGCAGUGGCUCCCGGAGGGCUAGCGGAGCGUUAUAUUAUAUAAACGGGAGAGGAGAGAACCCGACUGAUGAGUUUUGAGGAUAAGUCUGAGUAGAAGGAAGGAAACAGAUGAAAUAGAGGAAACAAAGGAAAUAUUAUAAUGAAAUCAGGAUUAGAAUUAGAAAUUCUUAAUACCCUUUUUUAAUUAUGAAAUCAUAUAAUAAUCUAUAUAUAGUAUUAAUCAAAAACCUACCUCUUAUACUA